CACCAGCGGAUGGGAGGAGAGGCGGACAGAGUAGGCAGGGAGAAAGAAAGAGAGGAGGGAGGCAAGAGGUGGAUGAGCGGCUGGUUGAGACAUAAAGGUGUCGCCUAAUCUACUCUCAACACCCAAAAGACAGACUUCUGUCUUUUAGUGAUUUUACGGGACAUACAGUAUGCCGUUUAUUCUAAGCAGAGCGUAAAUCGGGGAGUCAUCCACUGCUCCUGACGCGUAAAGGCUGCCCCUAUUACGCCUUUAGCCAUCUCCGCCGGUAAAGGAUGAUAGGCGUGAUUGUAUAGCGUCAAUUAAUCACAAAGUACCAUUACAAUCCACAGCGAAGGAAGAGCGGGAGGCACAGCAUGAUCCGAGGAUGAUUUCUGCCAAGAAAACUCCGGAGAAGAGUCGCUUUCCUAUCCACUAUUUGGUGUGGCACAACAAACACCGACAGCUAGAGAAAGAGCUGGCAACGAACGAGCAGACUGAUUUAGAGACUCUGGACCCUCGUGGGCGGACUUCUCUCCACUUGGCUGUUACUCUGGGACACCUGGACUGCACUCGGGUCCUGCUGCAGCAUGGGGCAGAUGUUAGCAAGGAGAACCGCAAUGGAUGGACCGUUCUCCAGGAGGCAGUGAGCACCCGAGAUCCAGAGCUGGUGCGCCUUGUGCUUCGUUACCGUGACUACCAGAGGACUGCCAAGAGACUGGCGGGCAUCCCCGUCCUGCUGGAGCGACUACGCCAGGCUCAGGACUUCUAUGUGGAGAUGAAAUGGGAGUUUACCAGCUGGGUGCCCUUGGUCUCUCGUAUCUGUCCCAGCGACACCUACAGAGUCUGGAAGAGUGGUCAGUGUCUCCGCGUUGACACCACCCUGAUGGGCUUUGAACAAAUGACCUGGCAGAGAGGAAACCGCAGCUUCAUUUUCAGAGGACAAGGCUCCAGUGCAGAAGUGAUGGAGGUUGACCACGACAGGCAGCUGGUGUACUGCGAGACCCUGUCCGUCUCGUCCCUCGCGGUGCUUUCGCCCGGCCGGGGGAAUUCGGGCGCCUCCUGCAGCGCUGCCUCAGGUUUGGGCGUUUUGGGAGCGGUGCAGCCCAGUGACGAGCAGGUAGCAGCCAGACUGUCUGCACCUGUGGUGACCACUCAGCUGGACACACGCCACAUCGCCUUCGAAAGGAAUAAGAGUGGUAUCCUGGGCUGGAGAAGUGAGAAAACUGAAACAGUGAAUGGAUAUGAAGCCAAGGUUUAUGCUGCGUCCAAUGUGGAGCUGAUCACGAGGACCAGAACUGACCAUCUGUCAGACCAGAACAAGAACAAGACAAAAGGUGGGAAGACUCCACUGCAGAACUUCCUCGGUAUCGCAGAGCAACACAUGGGGCCAAACAACGGGGCUUUGGUAACUCAGAUGUCAAGCCCUGCAGUGACCAACCCCGCAGCACUGACAGCCGAGGAAUACUUCAACCCCGGCUUGUCACCGACUCAGAGGGACAUCGGCCACGCGUGCCAGCUCACCACCAAGACCCAGAGGUUUAAAGCCAAGCUGUGGUUGUGUGAGUCCCAUCCUCUGUCCCUGGCAGAGCAAGUGGUGCCUAUCAUUGAUCUCAUGGCAAUCUCCAACGCCCUGUUUGCCAAGCUGCGGGACUUCAUCACACUGCGCUUGCCGCCCGGAUUCCCUGUGAAGAUCGAGAUCCCUCUCUACCACAUCCUAAACGCCAGGAUCACCUUUAGUAACCUGAACGGCUGUGAGGAGGGGAUGACUGUCCGCACUGACAAUGAAGUUGGGGUGGAUGGGGACAGACAGAGAGAAACCCCGAGGACAGACACCCCAUCUCCAGGCAGUGACUCGUCCAGUGUCUCCAGCUCUAGCUCCACAAUGUCAUGUCGAGCUGGAGAGAUUCCCCCGUGUGUGUUUGAGGCCCCACCUGGAUACACCAUGCUUGGUGGCAAACAGAGAGACAGCAUGAGGGAGGAGGAGGAAGAUCUGUUGCAGUUCGCCAUACAGCAGAGUCUGCUGGAGGCCGGCUCCGAGUACGAUCAGGUGACCAUCUGGGAGGCUCUGACUAACAGCAAGCCGGGAAUGCACCCCCUGUCCUGUGACCCGAGUCGCCUGGAGAGGACCCCACAGCACAAGCCCCACCCCCCGUCCAGCCUCUGCUCCACCCCCUCCAAGAAGACGACCACCUGCAGUUACAACGAGCAGCUGCGCAUCGCCAUGGAGAUCUCAGCACGGGAGCAGGAGGAGGCGGUGCUGCGGCGGCAACGCGAGGAGGAGGAGCUGCAGCGCAUCAUCCAGCUGUCACUUAUGGACAAAUGAGAGCUGGGAGUGGUCGGGAGAGGGGGAGGUGGUGGGUGCAAGACAACUUUCAAAACUCAUGUAAGGGGCUGGGAAUCAGUGUGGGAAUCAGUCGCCUCCUCCAUCGCCUCAGCCAGACCUCUCCCACUAAGCCAUAUAGUGACGCUGCUGUCCGGGCCUCAGACAGGAAGAGACGCCAUGUUUCCUCUUUGUGAUGCCACAUGGUACGUCUCUUGACCAGUGCCAGUUUACAACCAACAAUACAUCCACCAGUUUAGAAUGCCUCGUGUGAUGAGUGAUUUCUGUCUGUCUGCAGGUCUGUGUGUGAGUGAGUGAGUGUGUGUGUGUGUGUGUGUGUGUUUCAAAACCAGCUCUCUGCACAGGGGUGAACAGGUGAACAGGUCACCCUCAGUCCUGUGAACGGCGUGUGUUCGGCCAACACACACGCUCCAAACUGUGAUGGUCCCUUUGCACAGCAGCCAUUUUGCAGAAUGUGGAAAAUGGCCUUAGUCCUCCAGGUUGGAAAGCAAGGAUUAAUCACCAGGGAGCAACUCCACUGGUGGCAAAGUCUGAGUGGAAGUCUACGGGAAAAUGAGUCACAUGAUUUACAACAUCAGUGAACAUUUUCCUGAGGAGUCCAUCACUAGUUUCAGGUCUUCUUCAA